AUGUUUAAACAUGCCGGAACUUCAGAAAAUAAGGCUUUAAUUGAAGUCAACAUUCAUUAACUAAAUAUUAAUAUAUCUGUUCCAAAUUGUGAAGUUAUGAUAGUCUUCUAAAGAGGAGAUAGAAAAGCAUAAACAUAACCUGUACAAUUAAUUAAUAAGUGUGCAAAAAUUGAAUAAAUCUUAAGACUUCCAGCUACAUUAUAUUAUGAUGUUAAAUAAAAAGAAUACUAAAAGAAAAUGGGUACUUUGAUUAUUCUAAUCAAAUAUGAAAAAGGAAUGAAAAAUGCUGGUCAAAUCGAAAUUGAUUUCUCCUCAUAUCUAAAUUAAAAAAAAGGAAAAAUUGAUGAGAUUUCACCUCUUGCUAAAUGUCCAGAUUCUAAUGCUACACUUUAAUAUACAAUUAAUUUCUUGAGUCAAGAUCAAAGAUCUAAAACACCAGAAGCUAAUAUAAAUAAUAGUAUUCAAAUCACUAAAUACAGUUAGGGAAGAUCAAUCCAAAGCUUAAAUUACAUUAUUAGACUAACAGAAUAAAAUUUUAAAAGAAGAUAAUAUUAGAUUAUAAGAAGAACUUGAUAAUUUCAAAACUUAAAAUAAAUAAUAAUCAAUCUACAUACAAUAAUUAUUAAAUUAAGCAAAAUAAAAUUAAGAUGCUUUCCGUAAUCCUAAUUCUUAUAAAUCUAAUUAAGAAACACCGACUGCAUAACCAGAAGAUUGUCAAAAAUGUUAUGAAUUUUAAUUAGAAAUAGGUAUUUAUCAUUAUAAUAUAUGCAAGAAUCAUUAAAAAAAAUUAAAACAAAUAAAUCAAUUUCUUGUCAAAAAUGUUCUAACUUAGAAUUAUAAAUUGAAUAACUCAAAAAUUAAUAUUAACAAGGAAUCAAGUAAGAAAAAUCUGAUUCUAAACUUGAAUUGUUAAAUUAAGCAAACACUAAUUUGAAAGAACAAUUAUUUGAACUAGAAUAAUAAACCACUCGUAUUAGAAAGGAAAAUCAAGAUCUAAAAAAUAAAUUAACCAUUUAAAAUGAGUAAUUAAUAGAUUGCAGAGAAAGAAUCUAAGAAUUAGAAAAUGAUGAUGAAAAUGAUAAACGUAUUGCUGAAUACUAAAAAUUUAUUGAAAAAUCAAAUGAUAAUUUGUUAGAACUUCAAUAAAAAUUAUUUACUUUUUAAACUGAAUGUGAUUAAUUAUAAAGAGAAAAAAAUGAAUAUGAGCGAUAAAUUGAAAUUUUGUCUAAAAAAUAUGAUUUUCUUGGUAUAAUUUUUAAAUAUAAAAAUAGAAUUAUAAUUAUUCUAAUAAAAAUAAAGAUACGCAAAUGCUAUGCAUGCAUUCCUAAGUUUGGGAGAUACAAAUGCAAUUGAUAUACUCGAAAAAUUCAGUGGGGAUUGA